AUGAGCGCUGAUCUGGAGCGCGCGUCGCUCAACACACCCCUGAACUCGGGUGGCUCAGGCGGCCGUGCGCUCUCGGCGAACGUCCGGCGGCUCCACAACGCUCUGAACCUGCUGCUCAGCGACGUGGAGCGGGAGCACUUCAUCCACUGUCUCAAUGUGUACCACGCCAAGCGCAACGUCUUCGACCUGGUUCAAACUCUCAAAGUGAUUCUCAGCACGCCCGGCAAACGACAGCUGCUGCCCAUGCUGCGCCUUGUCAUCCCGCGGUCCGACCAGCUGCUGUUCGACCAGUACACGUCCGAGGGACUCUACCUGAAGACAGACCUGCUCCCCAGCAACGGUAGCGCGGAGAGCUUUGGAGACGAGGGUGACUCAGCUCUACAAAACUAUGUCAGUUCCAUCCAGGAGCAGCCCCUCACCAUGGGCUGCCCGGACGGGUUCAGCGCCGCGGCGGAGCUCUCAGCCUCCUUGGCCCCGAUGUUCCUCGAGGGCGCCUUUGGAGAUGUGCGUCAAGUGACCCUGACGCGCUCCCGGAGCCACGAGGGACUGGGCUUUAGCAUUCGCGGCGGGUCAGAGCACGGCGUGGGGAUCUACGUGUCCCUCGUGGAACCUGGCUCGUCGGCCGAGAGAGAAGGACUGAGGAUCGGGGACCAGAUCGUGACCGUGAACGAAAUGAUGUUCAGCAAUGUCUCUCACAUAGACGCAGUGAAGGUGCUGAAGGGAUGCAAGCAGCUUGCGAUGUCAGUGUGUUCUAUGGGUCGGAUUCCUGGAGGCUACAUCACCAACCAUGUUUACAGUUGGGUGGACCCUCAGGGCCGGAGUGUCUCCCCACCACCCGACAGCCACGAGAUAAACCAGAGGCAAGGACCCGGUACGGAAGAGAGGACGGUAAACCUGAAUAUGGAUGACGGUCGCUCUUUGGGCCUUAUGAUCAGGGGCGGUGCUGAGUAUGGCUUGGGGAUCUACAUCACUGGAGUGGACCCUGGAUCUGCUGCGGACGUUGGUGCACUAAAGGUGGGUGACCAGAUUCUGGAAGUGAACGGACAGAGCUUUGUCACCAUCUGCCACGAUGAGGCCGUUCACAUCCUCAAAACAGGACGCCACCUGCUGAUGAAGGUGAGGGAUGUUGGUCGUCUGCCCCACGCGCGCACAGUGGUGGACGAGACCAAGUGGAUCUGUAGCCAGGGCAUAGCUGAGACCAACGCCACGGCUAACCCGAGUCCUGUCGCCAACCCCACUGUCAAUGAUGGCGUCCACACCAGUGUCAGUGCCACUACCAGCAGCUCAAGACCAUCAUCAGCUGCAUCUUCACAUCUAAUAGCAAAGCCUGCAGUAUACAGAGGUGUGGGUCCGCCAGGUGUUCAGGUGUCUUUGGAGCAGCAGGCCUACAUGCUUCUGACAGAACCAGAGAGGAAGACCAUGGUCUACUACUUGCAGGAGUACCAGGAGGGACACAUAGGAGUGGAGCCACUGACCAUGGCUCUGUUUGAGCUCUUCAACACACAUGCAAAGCUGUCCAUGCUGUCUGAGGUGAGGAGCCUGGUGUCUCCCCAGGAUCUGGAGUUGUAUGACAGACUGGUGCUGCACCGCGAGAGGGAAGCCCACCAGGCCUGGCACGGAGGCCUGGGGGUGCUGCACCCGUCGGGCCACUGCAACCACGCAGCUCCUGUAACGCAUGAUGCAGUGCACACUGUCCCAGCUACGGAUGAGGUGCAGGUUACAAGUCGAUCUCCCUCACCCUUCCGAGUUGCUCCUCUUCAGGCCCAGAGCAGGUCCCCUAGGGCGAUGGAUCUUGGCCGGAAGCCUUCGGCCCGGCUGAUGCAGCCUGGCUCCAGCCUGCUCUUCUCUGGCCCCACCCAGUUGCAGGGCUGCCUCCAUAAGUCCCUCAAAUCCCUCCCCACCACCCACCAGUCCUCCCCAACCUUGGCAGACCACAUAGGCACAGGAGCCAGCCACCACACCUCUCUCAAUGCCCUCCAUCAUACCUGCCAGACUUUCUUCCAGCUCUCUGACUCAGAACACCUCAACCACCCGCACUUCGCUCAUCACUUCCACCAACAUCCUGUCCAACACAAUAGGCCUAGUUCUGGACACCACACCUGCCCAGGCUUCCUCAACCACCAGGGCUCCUCCGGCUCUAAACCACAGGGAUCUGUCAAGUUCCCCUCCAGAUCCAGCUCCUACGAGAAGUCCUGCAUCUUUUCAAAGUCGGCUUCUUCUUCAAAAGCAGCCUCUCCCAUGCCAUCUCCUCAUCUGUCGCCCCAUCCAUCGCCGUGUCCCUCCCCCUGCCCUUCUCUCAUCACACCUGCUCCUCCUCCCUGUAGUCCAGACCUGCACUGUUCACCUGCCCUCACUCAUAAAGUCAUCGUUACAGACACAAACCGGCUGUCUGCAGACUGCAGACCACAGCAAAGAGGGGCGACUCUGUCCCAGCUAUCAGACAGUGGCCAGACUCUGAGUGAGGACAGCGGGGUGGAUAUUGCUGAAGCAGGAGGUCUCAGUAAAGAUGGAAGCCCUCGACCCAGCAAGAACCAGAAAAACCAUCUGGAACAGCCAGGGGCCCAUGUACCACCUCCAGGGGCCACGAGACAACUGACUGGCUCACCGCUCCCAGCAGCCACCGCUACCCUUGUGCGAGUGGUGAAAAAUAGCAACACCCUUGGCAUCGCUAUUGAGGGGGGAGCCAAUACACGCCAACCUUUGCCACGUAUAGUCACCAUUCAGAAAGGAGGCUCCGCUCAUACCUGCGACCAGCUGAAGGUGGGUCAGGUGAUCCUGGAGGUCAACGGAAUAUCCCUGAGAGGUCGGGAGCACAAAGAGGCUGCCCGCAUCAUCGCAGAGGCCUUCAAGACCAAAGACAUGGAUCACAUUGACUUCCUGGUGGUUGAGCCGGGACUCUAAUAUGAAGACUUUGCACUUUAUGCAUCUUGAUUUAAGAAGACACUGUUUUACCACUUUGAGGGAGACACAUGAACUCCACAUGAUGUUGUCCUGCACCCAUGGCCCUUUAAUUUCAGGGAAAGGUGUGUCGGGUAUGCUGCUGAUUGCACUCAAAAGAGAUUUGCACAAUUUAAAUUCAGAAAAAGACAUUAUACUAGUAUUUAACAUAAAUGUCAUAACUGGGUCAUAAGCAUUCAAAUCUUGAAUGUUAUUGUAUGUGUCCUGAGGAGGACACUUAGUAUUCAUAGGUGGCUUGCCAUAACAAAUAAUAUUUAAAACAGCCAAACACAUUUAGCCAGUAAAUUAGUCGUAAGUUGGUAUUUUUGAUUCUUCAUACCUUAUCUCUGGAGGCAGAGCUGCUGUGGAGGCAGCUAAGAACUCUGAAAGGAUUAUUUGUUAAUUACAGCAAGAUUCUUGACUCUGUUGUUUACAUAAAUAUAACAUUGUAGUUCCAAGUUAAACAUUGAUAUUUAAACAUUAAGUGACACGCUGAAACAAAACCAGGCAGGUUUAAAACAAGCGGUGUAGCCAGAUGAACUACUACUUAACCUGGAGGUGAAAUCAAAAGUCAACGCAUUCACAAAUAGAAAAGAAACAAGAGAGCUUUAGAUUCUCAGUGACAGCAGCUGCGCUGUCAAUGUGGGGACCUUCUAACAUUAAUACAUUGAUAUAUUAUUACAUGAAUAUACAGGGCUUGUACCACCUUUGAGCUAGGCCUUCAAUUUGAACUCACAAAUGUUUGUGACUGGUUGUGUUGACAAAAUUGUCCACAGAAAAACAAAGACACAGAUACCUGCCUAAGUUCUUAAAACUGCCACUUCAGUAUCAUCCCAUAACAGCAGUCUGAUCAAAUGUUGUCCUGAUCACACAGACGAACACUCAAUGUUAAUACGGUACAAGCCCCGCUGUCACCUCUGGUAAUAUUCCCACAUUGCAUUGAAACAGGAUUGUACAAGCAACCACUAUCAGACAAUCAGAUUGUGAACAAACACCCUCCAUAGUUAAGUAAAUCUAUUUGGCAAAGAAAACAAAGACAAUGAAAGUGAAAUAAUUUUCCCAAAUGUCUCCAAAAGUUAAGAGACCCCACCCCCCCCCCGAAUUAAACGUUAAUCCUACUUUAUCUACUAUACAUGCCAGCUAUAUUCACGUCCACAACUUUUUUCCAGUAACAAAUUAUUAGUGACUGUUUUACGUUUACAGCCAAAUCCGAAUAAUCUGUAGAUAAUCAAGCUAAACUGUUGCCUUGUUUACAACCUCACGACUCCUUAUUCUUUGGAACCCAGUCUCAUAAGCCAUUUUUGGGUCUGGAAUUUUAUCCGCAGUUUGUCUUUCACAUAUGCACCAAGCAGCGGGAGAUUCCCCCCACACACACAAACACACACGCUCGCUUGUGGCAAAUCCUGCGGAGGAUCUCCUGCUGUGUAAUAUUGACUUUCUGCAGACUUUAUAACAAGGGGCCAGGUGAAAAAGUCUGCAGAAACUCCGGAGUCUCUCACUUGGACACCUCCUCCGGAGAAAAUGCGGAAGAGAUCAGUGCAUGUCCGAAAGCAGCCAUAGAAACUGCCACUGGCAGGCUUAACUUAACAGACAUUUCUUAAUGACAGCUGAAUCAUCUGAAGAUGGUUGUGGUAAAAAGAAAAAUUACUGAGAUUCCCGUCUACACUCCUGUAAUUUUAUGUGUGAUAUACUUUGUUAUGCAAAAUAAUUAUAGGGAACAGGGUUGCUCUGGACCUGUUGCAUGUACUAUUAAUAAUACUACCAGAUUAUGAGCAAUCCUCCACAAAGUCCCAGCAGUCCCCUCAAGAAACUACUUUUAAAUUCACUAGAUCCACAUUUUUUGGGGGAUCUGCACCAAAUUGUUCACACUCAUCACACACACGCGCAAUGUUAAAGAAAGUGAAAAAGAAACCCUGGAUCUGCCCCCUGCUCCCGAUCUGCACCACAAAUUGAAUGGGUUCUUUCCUGACUCAUACCACAUCCUAUCACCUAGUUUCAAGGUGAUCUGUCUAGUAGUUUUUGUAUAAUCUUGCUUAUACCUAAACACACCAACCAACAAUUCAGCUGUGACUGUGGGAGGUGAGCAGCUUUACCUGCUAGUGUGGCCUGACGAUUGACCAAUGAACACUUAAAACAUCCGCUACCCAGAUCAAAGUGUGCCGACUGUCUGUAGUUGCUUAGUUACUGACCGAAUCAGACUUCAUAAUGUCCACGCCUCUCUGUCACUGCUGGCAGUUUCAUGAAGCUCUUGUCAGAUACUGGUUAGACGCUGAUGAGCUCACUUUAUGCUGCAUCGUUCAGCCUUGGAAAACGAAUUUACCAAAUGGAUUCACUGAACUAACGCCUUUAAUCCUUGAAUCGACUAGUCAUUACAUACAAAGAUAUACUGUAUAUAACUUAAACACAUCAUAUUAACUUUCAAUAUGUAUAUUGUUCAACAUCUGUUCAGCAGCAUUGCCAAAUGCAUUAAGCAGCGAUUUUACGAACAUUAAUGGUAUGACAAUAAUGUAGAUUAGGUCUUGAUGAGAUGACUCUGUAUAACUUUUUAUAUAAUGAAAUAGUUUAGAGUAGAAGAGCAUUUAACAUUAUUUUAGAUAAUUAUUUACAUCAAUUUUGUUUUCUUUUAGCUUGAAGUGUAGGAUGUGUCAUGUUCUUAAACAACCCUGUCUCCUCAAAAUGAUUUAUCUACAACUAAAAUGCAAAUAUGUUGUAUGGAAAAAUGUAAUUGUGACUGGAUUACAUUCUCUAUCAAUAUAAUGAGGAUAUAUUAAUCAUUUAUGUGUUUGGAAAAGUUGCAAUUACCUUGAACAUAUCAGACAAAUAUAUUUGUUUUCUGCUUGAAUAACAUAUUUUAAAGUACAAUAUAACUUUUUUUAAUCUAUUUUACGAUUCUGUUUAGACUCGCUUGGCUGAUGUGAGUUAAGAUCCUUGUCUGGUUUAAAAUAGAAAACCAUAUAUUUACAACCUGAUAAUUUAUAUUUAGGGCCCGAGCACCGAACAGUGGAGGGCCCUUCUGGGCCUUUUCAGGACCUAGACAUGCUCAAAUUCUUAUGAUCAGAUCCAUGUGUAAAUAUUGGCUCGUCGUCAAAGCCCCCCCUGCUGGCUACAGGAAGUGACAUGUUUUAUACUUUGAUGAACUGCUCCUGGCUGCUAAACAAUGUACAGCUCAAAAGAGCUCAGUAAAGUAAUUGGAUCAUGGUCAGAAUUGGGACAUUUCCUCAUACAGUGUAAACAUUGAGGUGAAGGAUCUACCUUCGCCAAAGGAGAGGAUGUUGUCAUAACUCCAGUAUGUAUUAUCGUAUCACCACCAAAAUUCUGUCUCCUGAUCAGAGUCCAAGCCUGAGCAGCUCUAUGUGUUAAUAUUUCCUCAGUGUCAUAGCGCCACCUAUUGAUUCGACAUGAAACAGGAAGUACUUUGUAAAUCCACUCUGCAUUAUCCAACUGGCUCCGAACUACUGACCUACGAUCACAAUCCUGACCUGAUCAGCUCCAUAUAUCAAUAUUAGUGCUGGGUCAUAGCGCCACCUACUGAUCAGUGUAAAAAUUAAGUUGUUUUAACAUUGUCCAAUUGACAAAAAAUUGCUCAUGAUACAUCAGAGCCCGUACUUGAACAGAUCUAUUAGUCUGCAUGUAAUAAUGAUUAUGGCGCCACCUACUGGCAACAGGAAAUAAGUUUUGUUUUACAACUAUCAUUCAAUUUACAUACAAUUUUCACAGUGGGAUGUGCAAUUGAUAGGGUGGACCUUAAUGAGCAAUUAGCAGGCAAGGAUCGACAAUGCGUGACGGACGCAGGAAGUGAAGCGUUUAUCCUUGGCGUAGUGCACAAAACGCAUGCAAUUGGUGCAUCAAUCGCUCUCUCCACCGACUGCAACAGGCUUCAAACUGUGUGUGCUCGGGCCCGUUAGUGCUACAACGUAGCCCUACUCAUAUUUAUAUUUGGUCUGGUGUAAUAGUUGUGUGUUUCACAGUUGCUGUCUACCCUGACCACCUCUUAAUGACUGCUGCUGUUAAUAAAUGUAGCCCUUGGUUCAUUCAGUCAUUACCUGGAUUAGAACGUGUAACUUCUAAUAGACCGGGUUGUCAAAUGAAACCUCAUUCACACCCCUACUCAACAAAGAUCAAUGGACAUUCUGUUGGAAUUAGCCUCAUUAUCCUGCUCUCUGUGGGGAGCUGAUGAGGGACGAUACUCCACAGCAAAGCAGUGAGCUGCAGAUGCGCUGCACAGGAAUUGCUGAUCAUGUUGGAAUAACCUGUUUUUAUCAAUGAGGUGUGUUCACAGUGUGAUAAACAGAGGCCGGAGGACUGGUCCUUAUUCAGGUUUGUAGAGUAUGAACAAACCAGGAAGCCAUAGAUUUAUAUUCAUGGCCAGGGGCAAGUGGUACUGUACGGAGAUGUCUCCAUCAUGGUCAUGAUACAAAUGUCUUAAACUCCUAAGUUCAGGUUUAGUUGUAGCCAAGUUCAACAAGUUACAACUGAAGUACACUGCUGUAAUAUAAGUUAAAUGCACUGCAGUAAAUCUUACCUUCAUUUUUCACCAGACUUCAUUUGCAACAGUUUCAGAUUCAUUAAGACAAAGAUGGUACAGACACCUUUUAAACUCAUACCAGGAGAGGCCACAUAAAACAAAUCAGAUCAUCAGACUAAGAAAUGUUCAAUUAAUCAAAUCAAAAUAACACAAAACAAUAUACGGAAUAUCAGCAUAUGCACAAUCUGUUAAAACAGCAAAACAUUGUUAUAAAUCUGUAAUUUAUAAUCAUGCAGGUUUAGUAUUUUUACUUGAUUUGCAGAUUUCAGUCCAACAAUGAUUGGUGACUGACUGUUAUUGGGGCAGAUAUUGGGUGUCUGCAGUGUUCAGUUAGAGGGGUAUUCAACUGAUUUAGAACAACAUACAGGAUAUUUGUGUGAAGUUCCCUGUAGAACCAUGAAAACAGUUGGAUAAUGUCUUCUGCUGCUCUGGAGAGUGUUUCUUCAAAGAUAAUCUCAGUUUGGGUUUGUAGAUCAAAUGUACAAACAGAAACAAGGAGGAACUCAGUAAAACAAAUAUCUCCUCCAAGGCCCAACAAUCCCCUUGAGUUCAAUCAAGCUGCUUAAAAUUUCACACACUCAUUGAAAUCAGUUCCCUAAAUGUGUCUGAUUAUUAUGGCUCCACGUGUCUUGAGGCAUUAAGGUUUUGGGUUGUCCGUCCGUCCAUUUCAUUCUUGUGUAAACUUUUCAAGAACGCCUUGAAGGUAUUUGUUCUAAUUCACUAAAAACAUUCACUUGAACUCCAGGAUUAACUGAUUGGAUUUUGUUAGGUCACUUACAGGGUGGUCUCAGAAAGUAUAUGCUUAUGUUAUUCUUGAACGUGAUAUCUUAAGAUCAGCUUGAAGGAAUGUCUUCAAAUUAGUUACAAACAUUCACUUGGACUUAAAGAUUAACACAUUUUGGUGCCUGGGGGUCAAAGUUCAAGGUCAGAGUGGCCUCAUGUUACUUGGAAUUUGAUAUAUCACGACGGCCUGUAAGGAAUUUUAUUACAUCUGGCACAAUCCACUUGGACUCAUGAAAAACCUGAUUAGACUUUGGUGGUCAAAGGUGACUGUGACUCAGUAACAUAUAUCUCAGGAACAUCUCAAGGGAAUGCUAUCAAAUUUGGCACACAUGUUUACUUGACUCACUGAUUAACUGAUUCGAUUUUCGAGGUCAAAGUUCACAAUUACCUCAGUAUCAUGUUUUUGGCCUCUUUUUCUUUGAUUAUUGAUCCGUUUUUGAUUGGAAGAGUAAAAAGAUAAACUGAUCAUAUUUCAGUGGUCAAAGUAAAUUGUGACCUCAUAUGAUUCAGGAAAAAAUGUUAUGCAGACAGAUACUGCACUGGUUGGACAAGGUAGACAACCAUACUGCAGUUAUUCAUUUUAAUCAAGAUUCAUGAAUCAUUCCCUUAAGAAUCUGGGGAAAUUUUGAAAAACCACACCAAAAUGUCGUUCUUCCCUGAGCGAUUCCAAAUCAUUAGGUUUCCUUGAAAUGUGUUCAGUUGUUUUUGUGUAACCUUGCUUACAAAUAAACAAAUAAACAGAAAAACACACAACCAGUGUUCCCAGUUACCCUGGCAGAGGUAACUAGUGGAGAGGUGGAAUUUACCAGCAAAAAGAUGCCAGUGGUUGCAUCAUCGGAAAUGUAGGCUCUAGUGGUGCUACCACUUCUGCUGCUGCUGCAAUUGUUUUUGAUUCACUCUUAAAAGUCCCCCAAUCUUCCGACAAUACAACACUAAAUGCUGGAGUGGCCCUUUAAAACAUUUGCAGUGUACUUUGUUUUAUAGGAUCUCUGUCUCAAUCAAGGUCGAGGUGAUUGUUUCUACAUUAUAUGAGCUAUAGCGCAAGUUUAUUUUAUUCUCCAUUUUUAACCCGGCCUCAGGAUAACUGAAAAAAUGCCCUAUACCUGAUUUAGCAGAAUCAUGUUGUUGCAGAAUUUGUUGUAAAAACUCUGCAGUAGAAAGAAGCAGAGCAGUCAAUCAUGGUUGUUGCUUGUAUUUGGUGUGUCUUUCAAAAGCAUUUACCCAUUUCACAAGCCUGAGAUUUAUUUUAGUGUCUACUGUUUUCAUAACUGUAACUACAAUCCAAAUAAAUACAGCAGAGCAAAGCAAUCCAAACCAAGAUAAUAGAUGUAUGCUACUGGCUUUCAAAAAUGUAUUUCUGGCUAAUUAUAUUUAUUAUAUUUUUAUACAAUCUAAUGACAUAAUCCCACUAGAGAUGAUAGUGGUUACUAGAGAAAUGUAGGAGUUUAUAUGAAAUGAUGUAUGAGUAAUUCAACACUGAAGUGUCACUGGUGAGAAUACUGUGCUGUUUUAAAAAUGUGUAAAUGAGAUAAUGGUAUUUUUGUUUUUUUUGUGAAUGCAAACUAGUUCUAAAAUGAUAAAGCUUGUACAGAAAAGGCUGCUCACAUAUUCUUAUAGAGCUAUAUGUACAGUACAUUGUGAAAGGCUAGAGAAUUUUCUUAAACACAUUACGUUACCCCUUGAUGUAACUGCUAACAUCUCUUGUGCGUUUUCCCUCCUCAUGUCCUAUCACAGCUGUGUCGGCACAGAAGAAUCCUUCAGAGCAGGUCACCCGUUCUUGAAUUGGUUUUCACGAUAUUUAUUUUUCAAAUAUUUACUAAUAUUCCCCAAAGAGAUUUCCCAUGGACACAAUAAAAGUCUGAUCAAACUAA